GCCCGGAGUACCUUCAGGACGGGCGUGUGACGGCUGUCGCCGACAAAAGAAGAAGGUAUGUAAGAUAUUGAUGGACACUGACCUCAUUCGUGACUGAUACGUCGGUACGCAGUGCGAUGAGAAGCAGCCCUCCUGUUCACGAUGUCUCCGUCUAAACAUACCGUGUGUUGGAUCCGGGCAGCGUAGAUACAAGUUCCAGCAGGAAUAUACUCUCCCGGUGCUGUCAGGAAAGGCCAAGGUCAGAGGGUGGUCCUCAAAGGAUCCGAUAAACUCUAGUAGUAGUGAAGAGGAGCGCACCGACGUGUGCAGACUGUCCCCACACCCAAGUAAUGCCCUAACGGUUCUGAGCCAAGCUUUUGUCCGCGCAAUACACCCCUCGAUGGACAUUAGAUGGAACCUCGCCUGGGUGUAUGGGGGAUUCCUCAGAGAUGUCCCUGCUCGAUUGGGGACCAACGAGGCCCUUGACGCUGCCGCCGAUGCAGUAGUAUCGAUGCAUUCGUCCUUUUGCGCGACUCGGAAGAUGUCGGUGCAGGCUCUCGGAAAGUACAGUCGGGCUUUAACAACGCUCCAUGUCUGUUUAGACGACCCCGUCAAAGCCUGCAGCACCGACACACUUUGCGCCGUCACAAUACUGUUGCUCUGUCAGGGCUUCCUCCCCGCCAAAGGGUGUAUGGCCACUGGGCACGCAGAGGGGGCCGCGCAGAUUCUGAAGGUGCGGAAGAACUUCCGUCCCCGGGAUGACUUUGAGGCGAUGUUACUCCUGACAUUACGCGGCCCUGUGCUCUUCGAAGGCUUGUUCACCGAUCGCAUCAGCUUGACUGGGAUGGAGUACGAAGCGCUGGUGGAGAGCGACAUCGAUGCGAACACACCCGACGGGCAAAUGAUGCGGUGUCUUGCCCGCGUUCCAGGUAUCAGGGAACGUACAGCAACGACGAUGCCCGGCGAUGCCGAAUUUGAGUCGCUCAGAGGCGAGGCAAGAUUUCUGUAUGAGACCUACCAAGGUGUCCUCACGUCCUUACAAGCCCGAACGACAUCGAUUGAGACGCCGUUGGCGACGGGAUCUAUGUAUCGGUUGUGCACACUGAUGUAUGCGCAGUAUCAACGCAUGUAUGGUCUGGGUCUCGCGGUUGCUAUUAUCCUGAACUGCCUGGUUAGGACACUUAACCCGGCGGACCCGGUGCUUCCCUUGGAGGCAACUUAUUUCGCACAGGAGAUUGUGCGCUUGUCGGAUAGUGCGGUGGCCUUCCGUCCCCUGGGAUCCUACUACAUGCUGAUCUGCCUGUUGACCGCAUGGGUUGGCACCACGGAUCCCAUUGUUCGGACUACCGCAGAGAAGGCGUUGGAUGACUACCAGUACGAUUUCGACCGGGGAAAGGCUGCCGAAACUAUCGCCAAGUUUGAACUGAAGUUGCGCCGUACAUCCGAUUUCACCAAAAUCUACGAAAAGGUGAUUGAACAAGAGACUGGGAAAACCUUACUAGAGCCUGCUUGGUGAUUCCGGUUGUGUUACUUGGGUUUUGGAAAGUCUUGAACGGCGCGUGGAUAAUUCUUGUUCUUAACCUUGUCUACCUUGCAUAGCUGAACCGCUGUGCGGUGCUCCCAACGCAUU